UUCGGGGCCGCGCCCCCUCAGCACCCUGAUCUUAGGGCAAGCAGGCAGAGUGUAAAAUGGCGCACAGCUGUCGGUGGCGGUUCCCCGCUCGGCCCGGAGGGAGUAGCAACGCGGGCAGCGGGAGGAGAGCGGGCCGGAUCAGGGUCACCGCCUCGCUCCGGACUGGCUCCGGGCCCCAGCCGAACGCGAGCGGGCUCGGGCCGGGCUUUGACGCCGCGUUGCAAGUCUCCGCUGCCAUCGGCAACAACCUGCAGAAAUUUCGGGAUGUUUUUGGGGAGGCGAGUGGCUCCAGCAGCGGAGAGGAAGAGACAUUUUUAGGAUUUGGUACGCACCAUGAAAACAGAAGGAUACACAGCUCGGCGAGGAGCCCUACAGUCAAGUCUCGUCAGGAAAGAAAACCGAGGGGCCGUCCCCCCAGGAUCCUGACCACGCAGAGGGAGGCCACGGCCUUCGACUCCUCUCCCUCGCCUGCUACCUCUCCCCACAGCAGAUCGGAGGGCCCCGGCCGGCCCCCGGAAAAGGUGAAGAGGCCACCGGGGAGGCCGCCGGGCUCGGGAGAGAAGAGGAGAGGCCGCCCUCCAGCUUCUGGAGGCCACAGGGAAUGGCAGCCCAGGGGCCUCUCUGGGGCAGAGGACAAGAGCGUGGCACUGCAGCAAAGCCUGGGGGAAGCCCCUCGCAGGGACCUGGCGGAGGAUGAGAAAGAGAAGAAGGCGGCGAAACGGACGCCCCUGGGGUCCGUGCAGCAGCAGCACCAGCAGCAGCAAGGAGUGGCCAAGCUCUCCAAGCUGCCCAGGAUGGGGCGGAUCUCCAAGAUAACCAAAAUCAAGCGGCUGCGUAGUGUCAAGCUGGGCCCCCUCAAGUCCCGGCUCAAGGCGAUCGGGAGGAAAGGAGUCCCGGUACCAGUGGUGCCAAGGCGAAGGCGAGGGAGGCCGCCGUCUGCCGAGCGUCUCAGAGCUCAGGCCGCAGCCGCCUCCUCCGUACAAGUCUCUGCCUCCUCCGCUCCGCAGACGGCUCUCGUGGAGGCAGCGUCUCUCAAGCAAAAGACUUUCCGGGUUCGAAAGGAGAGGGAUUCAGGCUCUCCCCAGCAGCUCAAGCUGAGGCCCUCGCAGGCUCUGGAUGCCCUCACCGCUGCUGGCCCUGUCCCCCAGACCCUGUCCGCAAUCUCUCUGCUCUCCACUUCUCCUCCGCGGCCGGGGUCAGGCAGGGCUGUGGGGGUCCGGCAGAGCCCCCGGCGUAUCAAGCCGGUGCGCAUCGUCCCGCCUUCCAAGCGGCCCGAUGCCACCAUCGCCAAGCAGCUGCUGCAGCGUGCCAAGAAGGGAGCGCAGAAGAAGAAGAUGCUCGAGAAGGAGGCCGCCGCCAUCGGCAGCCAGGGCUCUGCCGGCAUCGACUCGGGCAUCAGGAGGCGGAGGAGGACGCAGCUGAAGAACAUCCGCCAGUUCAUCAUGCCGGUGGUCAGCACCGUCUCCCUGAGGAUCAUCAAGACACCCAAGCGCUUCAUCGAGGACGAGGGUAGCUUCGGCCCCCCCCCUCCCCACCUCAAGAUGGCUCGGCUGGAGGCCGCGCCCACCACGGUGGCUUCUCUGCCGCCCUCUUCCUCUGUGCCCGUGUCCACUGCUGCUGCCAGUGCUGCUGCUUCAGGUGGAGCCGCUGCUUCUACCAGCACUCCCACACCUCCUCCUCCGCCAGGCCCCAGCGUGAAUGUGGCGGCCGCCGCCGCCGCCGCCGCCACCCUGCUCAACAGCGGCAGCUGCAACAACAGCACCAGCAACGGGCGUUUCAGCAGCAGCGCGGCCUCCUGCGGCUCCAGUGCCGUGUCCCAGCAUUCCUCGCAGCUCUCCUCGGGGGAGUCCUCCCGCUCCAGCAGCCCGAGCCUGGACUCCUCCAGCGACUCCCAGGCCUCGGAGGGCACCCAGGCUCUCUCCGAAGAGCCUGACCAAUCCCCUUCUUCCCAGGGCGAAAGGGAGUCUGGGCUCCUUCGCGUCUCCCGGCCGCCUUCCCCCCCAUCCGAGCCAGAGAGAGGCAGGAGGGGCCGUCGGGGGCAGGGGAUCGGGAGGGGGACGUUGACAUCGGGCGGCGGGGGCGGUUCGUCCGGUCCAGGGAAGAAAACGACAGUUAGCGGCGCCGUGGUGGGGUUGCUGUCAUCCUCGGCGCAGGUGGGGUCACAGCAGGCCUCCUCCACGGCUUCUUCGUCUUCGUCUCCCCCGCCGCCCCCUCUCCUCACCCCUCCCUUGCCGCCACAGCAUCCGCAGCCGGGCUCCACCACGACCGCUGCCAUCGCGGAGCCUCACCCGCAUUCCCCCUGGAUUAUGCCUCACCCCAUCGCUCCCUUCAUCUCUGCUCCGCCGGUGGUGUCACCUCUUCAGGAGAAGCGGAAGUCAAUCCUGCGGGAGCCCACUUUCCGCUGGACCUCCGUUUCCCGCCCGGACCAGCAGUACUUCUCUUCGGCAAAGUACGCCAAGGAGGGCCUCAUCCGGAAGCCCAUCUUCGACAAUUUCCGGCCACCCCCCCUGACCCCCGAAGAUGUGGGGCUGGUGUCCCCCAGCUCUGGAGGUGGAGGGGGUGGGAGCGGUGGGAGUGGAGCCGGGGCUUUCUCUGCGUCCGGCGGGACAGCGGGAGCCGGCGGCCGUUUCUUCGCUCCCCUCCACCACCAUCGCCACCAGCACGACCAUACUCCCUCGCGGUUUGAGCCGUCGCUCCACAAGCGCAGCCCCCUGCUCCGCGCCCCCCGCUUCACCCCCAGCGAGGCGCACUCCCGCAUCUUUGAGUCGGUCACCCUCCCGGCCUCCAAGGGCGGCGGCCAGGGUUCCCUGUCAUCCCCUCUUCAGAGCUCCUCCUCCUCCUCCUCCUCUGCCAGUAGAAACCAGCGCCGGUGUAGGAGGAGGAGGGUCUUCAGCCCCUUGCGGGGCCAACCCAGGUCGCCCUCGCACUCCAUGACCACCCGAAGCAGCCAGUCCGGGACCCAGGUGGGCAAGACCUCCGCUGAACUCUCUCCCUUGGCGGCUUCUGUCACAAGUACCACCAGCAGCUCCAGUUCCUUGCCAGGCGUUGCCAUCAGUUCUCUAGCCACCAGUGCCUUAACUCCUGCCCCUUUCAGCACCUUCUCGCCAGGCUGCAUGGGUCACCCGACCGAGGGGACAGCGGACUCUUAUCAGACUUGCAGCAGGAGACAGACCGGGGGCCUGGGAGGAGCAGGAGAGUCCUUCUCCUCCGGAGUGGGAGUGGGAAGCAGCCCUUCCGUCUCCUCGUCCUCGCUUUUCCCUCUCUUCGCCACCAGCCCCCCGGCCACGGGAGGAACAGGAAAAGCGAGCAGGGAGAGAGGCGUCUCGGCAUCCCGAGAGUCGGGCCCUAAGGAGAAGGAGAGGGAACCAGAGAGACCCAGGGAAAGGGAGAAGGAGAAUAAAAAGGAGGCCCGGAAGGAGCGGGAGAGGAAAGGCAAGGGUGCUGGAGGAGAGGCAGCCACGCAGGCCAACUCGGCGCCCAUUCUCUUCUCUCUGGACGCCAAGGAGAGUGAGGAACCCCUUGCGCCUUCUGCCCCUAAGAAGACUCCCGGCAGGAAGAAACCCGUCUCUCUCGACCCCAGUAACGAGGCACCUCCGUCUCUGGGGCCUCCAGAUGGGACGUCCCAUGCAGCCACCACUCCUCCCACCACCAAGGGCCGCCUUUCCAAGAAGGGCAGGUCGACGGAGAAGGGCCAGGAGGCCGACGCUGGCGAGAAGGAGAAGGAGAAGGCGAAAGGUCACUCGCAGGCCCCAGCUCAGCAAACCCCACAGCCUGGCCCGCCCAGCAAGCAGGCCCCAGUGCCCUCCCUGGGGUCCAUGCUCGCCCAGGUGGAAAAGCAGCAGGUGGCAGACAGGAGGGUGGCCGGCCUCCUGAAGAAGGCAAAGGCACAGCUGUACAAGAUUGAAAAGAACAAGUCCUUGAAGACGGCUGACCAGCCCAAAGCACAGGGCCAGGAGAGCGACUCCUCGGAGACGUCGGCUCGCGGGCCGCGCAUCAAACACGUCUGCCGGCGGGCGGCCGUGGCUCUGGGCCGGAACCGAGCUGUUUUUCCGGACGACAUGCCCACCCUCAGUGCCUUGCCAUGGGAGGAGAGGGAGAAGAUCCUGUCUUCCAUGGGAAAUGAUGACAAGUCGUCGGUGGCGGGCUCCGAAGAAGCCGAGCCCCCGGCCCCCCCAGUCAAGCCCAUUAAGCCGGUGACGCGCCAGAAGGCCCCCCAGGAGCCGCCGGUGAAGAAGGGGCGGCGUUCGCGGCGCUGCGGGCAGUGCCCUGGGUGCCAGGUGCCCGAGGACUGCGGCGUCUGCACCAACUGCCUGGACAAGCCCAAAUUCGGGGGACGGAACAUCAAGAAACAGUGCUGCAAGGUGAGGAAGUGUCAGAAUCUCCAGUGGAUGCCUUCAAAAGCAUACCUUCAGAAACAAGCGAAAGCAGCAAAGAAGGAGAAGAAGAAGACCAAAGCGCAGGAAAAAAAGGAGCCGCCGCAUUCCGCCAAGACUCAGUCGUCAGAGACCAAUCAGAAGCCAGCCCCGCCCCCCUCGAGGGAGGAGCCCACUCCUAAAAAGAGCGAAACCCCUCCCCCAAAGCACAGCGAGCAGAAGCAGAAACAGCCUCCACCUCGUCCACCGAGCCCGUCUCAGAAAGAGGCUUCCCAGCCUCCCAGUUCCGCCCUGCCGCAGGACACCAAGCAGCCCGUGGCGCCCCCUGGUGGCGCCUCCAGGAAAGAACGCAAACUACCCCAGCCUACCCCCCCGCCUGCCUCUCCCCACAUUACCCCUUUUCCACCGCCGACGCCACCUUCCCAGCACCAGCCCCAGCAAAGCCCAGCGCUGUCAAAAAAGGAGGGUUCUAGCAAGACCCCUCCAAGCGAACUCAAGAAGAAGCAGCAGCAGCCGAGCUCGACUCCGUCAGCGACAGAACCAGUGUUGGAGGUGAAACAGCCGAAGAAGCAGGGCAUGCGAUGCAUCCCGCCGCCCAAGCAGAAACCCAAAGAAAAGGAGAAGCCCGCGUCCACCAAGCCCGAGAGCAGUACUUUAAACUUGCUGAGCACUCCCUCGACUGGAGGCGGCGCCAAGCAGAGACCGCCCUACGACGGAGUGCAUCGCAUCAGAGUGGAUUUUAAGGAGGACUAUGACAUCGACAAUGUAUGGGAGAUGGGCGGGCUCAGUGUCCUCACCUCUGUGCCAAUCACCCCCAGGGUCAUCUGCUUCCUGUGUGCCAGCAGUGGCCAUGUAGAGUUUGUGUUCUGCCAGGUGUGCUGCGAGCCCUUUCAUCUUUUCUGCUUGGAUGAGACAGAGCGCCCCCUACAGGAGCAGUGGGAGAACUGGUGCUGCCGGCGCUGCCGCUUCUGUCACGUCUGCGGCCGUCAGCACCAAAAGACCAAGCAGCAGCUGCUGGAGUGCAAUAAGUGCCGAAACAGCUAUCACCCCGAGUGCCUGGGACCCAACCACCCGACCCGCCCCACGAAGAAGAAGAGAAUCUGGAUCUGCACCAAGUGUGUCCGCUGUAAGAGCUGCGGCUCCACCACCCCCGGCAAGUCCUGGGACGCCCAGUGGUCACACGACUUCUCCCUGUGUCACGACUGUGCCAAACUCUUUGCAAAAGGUAAUUUCUGCCCAGUGUGCGACAAGUGCUACGACGACGACGACUACGAAAGCAAGAUGAUGCAGUGUGGGAAAUGUGACCGCUGGGUUCACGCCAAGUGCGAGAAUCUCACAGAUGAGAUGUACGAGAUGCUGUCGAACCUCCCGGAGAGCAUCGCCUACACCUGCAUCAACUGCACGGAGCGCCACCCGGCGGAGUGGAGGACCGCGCUGGAGAAGGAGCUGCAGGGUUCGGUGCGGCAGGUCCUCACCGCGCUGCUCAACUCCCGCACCUCCACGCACCUGCUGCGCUACCGUCAGCCAGUGAUGAAGCCUCCAGAGUUGAACCCCGAGCCGGAGGAGAGCCUCCCAUCCCGCAGCUCUCCGGAGGGACCCGACCCGCCCGUCCUCACUGAGGUGUCCCCCCCCAACGACUCGCCCCCGGACCUGGAGUCUGUCAAGAGGAAGAUGGAAACGGGCCGGUACAACGCUGUGCUGGAGUUCAGCGACGACAUUGUGAAGAUCAUUCAGACGGCCAUAAACUCGGAUGGGGGUCAGCCAGAAAACAAGAAGGCCAACAGCAUGGUCAAGUGCUUCUUCAUCCGGCAAAUGGAGAGGGUGUUCCCCUGGUUCAAGGUGAAGGAGUCCCGGUUCUGGGAGCCGAACAAGAUCUCCUCAAAUAGUGGGUUGCUCCCCAACGCAGUGCUGCCCCCCUCUCUCGACCACAAUUAUGCACAGUGGCAGGAGCGGGAGGACAUCGCCCGAGCCGAGCAGCCACCGCCCAUGAAGAAGAUCAUCCCUGCGCCCCGCGCCAAAGGGCCCGGAGACCCCGACUCCCCCGCGCCCACGCCACCCCCGCCUCCCCCGCCUAUUCGUGGUGCGGACCUCAGUCGAGAGGACAGCCCCGAACUCGCCCCCCCGCCGGGGGUGAGCGACAACAGGCAGUGCGUCCUGUGUCUGAAGUACGGCGACGACAACACCAAUGAUGGUGGGAGAUUGCUGUACAUUGGACAGAACGAAUGGACCCACGUCAACUGUGCGCUGUGGUCGGCGGAGGUGUUUGAGGAUGACGAUGGCUCACUGAAGAAUGUCCACAUGGCUGUCAUCCGGGGAAAACAGCUGCGCUGUGAGCACUGCCAGAGACCUGGGGCCACAGUGGGCUGCUGCCUGACCUCCUGUACCAGUAACUACCACUUCAUGUGUGCCCGCCUGCGGCACUGCGUCUUCCUGGAGGACAAGAAGGUGUACUGCCAGAGGCACCGUGAUCUCAUAAAGGGCGAGGUGGUUUCGGAGACGGGGUUCGAGGUCACGCGGCGGAUCCUGGUGGAUUUCGAAGGGAUCAGCCUCCGGAGGAAGUUUCUUAAUGGCUUGGAACCAGAGAACAUUCACUUGAUGAUUGGCUCCAUGACUGUUGACUGCCUGGGGAUCCUGACCGAACUCUCCGACUGCGAACGCAAGCUCUUCCCCAUUGGCUAUCAGUGUUCGCGAGUGUACUGGAGCACCCUGGACGCCCGCAAGCGCUGCGUGUACACCUGCAAGAUCCUGGUAUGUCACCCACCGGUGGUGGAGGCCGAUGUGGACAGCACAGUGGAACGGGAGGAGAAUCGGACCAUCGCCCAUAGCCCCCCCCGGGUCACAGACGUUGAGAUGUGCCCACUCCCCGGCUCCAUGGCACCUGCGCGCCCCGCCGACAAAAAGCCUCUCCCGUCACCCCAAAAGCCACAGGCAGCCACCCGCAACAGGCACCCCAGCUACCCCCCCUGUCACAGAUCUCCCAGCUCCAGGCCUCUUCCUUCGGCAGGGGACCCCUCUCCCACAACCCACGAGAUAGUGACCGUGGGCGACCCCUUGCUCAAUUCCGGCCUUCGGAGCAUCGGGUCCCGGCGCCACAGCACCUCCUCCAUCUCCCCGCAGCAGCCCAAACAGCGGGUCACCUCCCCUUCGCGGGGUGGGGGGCCGCUGGGGAGGUCGGGGGGGUUCUCCUCCGCCCCCUCCCUCUCCUCCAACCCCCGCGAGCCCGGAAGCUGGGAUGCGGAGAGCCGCAGUAGUGGUGGAGGGGGUGGUCACGCUCGGGAGUCCGGGAGCACCAGCCCUGGGGCCUCCCGGAAGAACGGGAGCAGCACCCAGGAGAGGAAGGCAGAGGGCGGCAGGGACGGCGUGGGCAAGUCAGCAGGACAGAAUUCCACAAGUGGCGCAGAACUACCGUCGCUGGCCAGAGAGAGCCAGGUGUCCCCUCCGGUGGCGACGGCUGUCCUCACCAGCCACAGGAGAAGCAACAGCAACUCAAAGACCGAAAAGGGGAAGCAAGGCAGCACCAAAGACACGGCUCCUUCAGCUGGGCUUAGCCUGGCGUCCAGGCACCAUUCGGCUGCGCUACCAAAGGAUGCCAACAGCAGCGAGCCAGUGAAAGACGGAAAUUCUACAGCUGCGGUGUCCUCCAAAGACCUUCCAAAACCUGGCUCUACUCCUCCCCCUCCCCCUCCUCCUCUUCCUCUUCUGCAUCACAAAGGUGGGGUGAAGAAGCCCCGCGAGCAGCUACCAAUGCCCAGCGCACUGCCCGCGGUAAAGACCGCGUGGUCAUCGGGACCAAGGCCAGCAGAGGACACCGUAAAGCGCAGCUUGCUGGCAGCCCCACCCCCGGGGGCCAGCCACGGGAUUCCCAACCCCAAAGAUAAACGUUCCAAAGUGAAAGCAGUGGGGGGCAAGGAAACGACGAAGGAGAAGGAGAAGACGCCCCAGAACAGUACCACGCAAACCUCAGACCCCUCUGUCAUGGAGUCUGUGAGUAGCAAUGCCAAAGGCUCUGGGAAGCUGGACCCUGAGAAUUUUGAGAGUCCGGUGGGAGAGAAAUCUCUGAAGUGUAAAGAGAGAUUUCCUGGUUCAGAGAAGAAGACCAGCAGCACGAGCGCCCCUGGGGGGACGCAGCACAAGUGUGGCUCAGAAAAAGGGUUCAGAGCUUCACAAGCUCACACAGAAACAUCAGGGAAAGAGGCAUCGGUGUCCCAGAAAAAACGCACAGUCAAGGUGACACUUACGCCCUUGAAAAUGGACCCUAAUGGGACUAAAACCGUCAGCAGUUCCUCUACCACGACCACAUCAACCUCCACGUCCUCUACUCCCCUGGGGUCUCACAAGAAAUCGUCGCGGAGCCUCCUGUUUUCUCCACCCUGCAUGAGCUCGAAGGGCUCGGAACUGGAAGCCCAGCACCCGCAGGACGAAGGAGUGGCGCAUCUCCUUGGUGCACAGCACAGUGCUGGGGAUGAUGCGGUUUUUCAGAAGGACAGCCCAGAAGGCACUGCUGAGCACGCCCUUCAAGACGGCAGUGGCGACAGCAGCUGUGGAGUCAAACAGCAUGAGGACGACAGCGACAGUGCUGGUUCGGUGAAGCGGCGUUACCCUCGGCGCAGCGCCCGUGCACGGUCCAACAUGUUUUUUGGCCUGACGCCCUUCUACGGCGUUCGCUCCUACGGUGAAGAAGACAUUCCCUUUUACAGCAGCGGGGACUCCUCUUCGGGAAAGAAGCGGUCAGGAGGCGGGGGCAGCAAGCGAGCAGCGGAAGGGCAGGUGGACGGGGCGGAUGACAUGACGACUUCCUCCUCGGGCGAGAGCGGAGAGGACGAAGAGGGGGUCGUGGGCCAGGGCAGCGACGAGGACGCUUAUUACUACAAUUUCACUCACACUAUUAUCAACCCGGGUCGUGGGCUGACCCCUGAAGGAGGGAUAGAGCAGUGCCUCGGAAGGGACUCCCAGCUCCAUGGCUUCCUCAAGGAGGAGUCGGGAGAAGAGGACCGGAUAGGGGAAGAAGGAGGAGGUAGAGCAAUGGACCACUUGGGCCGCCCACAGAUUGGCCAGCUGGACGGCGUAGAUGAUGGCUCAGAAAGUGACACCAGCGUGAACGCCACUAGCACUGCUGCUACCUCCUCCACAUCGGGCAAGACCACUCAGAGCACUGGCAAGAGAAAGAGCAAAGAUAGCCGGGGAGAGAAGCUGGAUAUGGGGUCAUGUGAGGAUUCGGGCACUGGCAAAGAAGCUGAAAACCGUGGUGGAGGAGCUGGGAAUAAUGGUGGUGUCAGCAACAGUCGAGACACCAGAAAGAGCCUUAAGGAUGGAAACAAGCUGGAAAACUGCCUUCCCCUGAGUAGCGUGAAAUCACAGGGGCAGGAUCCCCUGGAGGCUCAGCUCACCCUCAACACAGAGCUGUUGAAAUCUGACUCGGACAACACCAACAGCGACGACUGUGGCAAUAUCCUUCCCUCCGACAUCAUGGAGUUUGUGCUCAACACGCCCUCCAUGCAGGCUCUUGGACAGCAACCUGAGACCUCUUCCACUGAGCUUCUGUCUCUGGAUGAGGGCUUCGGGCUCGAUGGCAACCGGGGCAAGGACAUCGGGCUGUUUGAGGACUUCUCCCAGCAGCUGCCCAGCACUGAGCCCGUAGAGAGCGGAGUAAAUGCUUCCAUUCCUGGGGAAGAGCAAUAUGACCUCCCACUGGAGCUGCCCUCUGACCUCUCUGUGCUGACCACACGCAGCCCCUCGGUGGCCAACCAGAACCACAGUGCCCUGAUUCCUGAGCCCCCAGAGCGCUCCAUUCUGUCUCUGCCUUCAGAGGAGGUUGAGAAAGGUGGUGACAAAUCGCGAGGGGCCACCAGUGCUUCCAGUGAGACCCAGCAAGGGGGAGCAGGCAGCGGGGAGUCACAAGUCACAGAAGGCCACAUGACCCCUGAGCAUUUCAUCCCCACCCGUCUAGAAGGAGACCGUAUGACCAGUCCACCAAUUGGUCAGGUUGUGGAGCCUAGCAGCGAUUUAGCCAGAAGUUCUGGUACACCUGGACUUCCCAGUUCGCCUACCAUCCCACUGCAAGGGCAGAAGUACAUGCCUGCCACUGCAGAGAGUCCUGGCCCAACCCAGGUAGCAAGCACCGCCGUUCAGACCACUGCCACCCAUCUCAAGCCAGGCACAGAGAAACUGAUUGUGGUUAACCAGCACAUGCAGCCCCUCUAUGUCUUUCAGACUCUCCCCAAUGGGGUCACUCAAGAGAUACAGAUCGCGCCAUCAGUCAGCACAACUGCUGGCGUCAUGGACACCAGCUCCUCAGUCUUGGCGUCAAUGACUGGAGGAUUGGCACUAGCACCAAGUUUGAACCCUGGAAUAUCCACUUCUCAGUCCAUUUUCCCUACUGCUGGUAAAGGUUUGGUUCCCAUGCCCCAUCACCCCCAGAUCCAUGCUUUUGCUGGUGCAACACAGACAAGCUUCCCGACUGGAAUUCCCAGUACCACUUCCAGCCUUCGCAUUGGGGUUCAGCAUUCCCAGGACCCCCAGAUGCUUGUCUCUGAGGCUGGUCACCGACCCGAGCUGGCUGCUGUGGCCUCUUCCAUCAUCUCCAGCUCUACAUCUAGCUCUCCCUCCUCUGUUGCACCUGCUUCAGGCCAUGGCAAGAAGCGCCCCAUUUCCCGGCUCCAGCCACGCAAGACCAAGAAGCUAGCACGCUCGGGGACCCAACCAACGUUAGCCCCCUCGGAGGUUGCGCCCAACAUGACCCUCAUCAACUUCUCACCUUCCCAGAUUCCUGCAGGAAUACAGGGGCAGUCCAGGCUGGUGGAGCUUGGCACUCUGGCUACAGCAGCAGCAGCUACGUCUCACCGGACAGUUCCCAACAUCAUCAAGCGCCCCAAAUCCGAGGUGAGCGCAGUGUACUUUGAGCAGGCACCUCUGUUGCCCCAGGGUAUGGUUGCCCAGGCUGGACAACCAGGCAUCCUUGGGCAUGAGUCUUCCGCACACCUGGUACCCUGCACAAUGUCUGGUCUGAAUCCCAACCAGCCUGUGCUGAAUGUUGUUUCUAUGCCAACCAGUGGGCCUGGCAACCUCCUGGGACCAGGAUCCGUAUCCCUUAGCACCCCAGGGCUCCUGGGACCAGCAGACAUCACAGGAUCCAUCAGCAACCUAAUCCUCAAAGCCACACAGCAGAGUCUGGGCCUCCCUGAGCAGCAGAUGGUGCUGCAGCCUGGGCCUGGUAUGAUUUCCCAGCUAAGCGGCCCAGUUCCGACUCCCAACACCAGCAGCAUCUGCGUACUGCCCUCCCCUCAGGCCAUCAGCAUGCCCGUCACCCAGCCGGCCGACCAGGAAGGCGGCUACCACCUGCAGCACUACCCAGUGACUCCGCUGCUGGCCGACAAACCUCAAGCGCUCGACCACGGCACAAGCGCCAACAUAUCAGCCCCCACGCCGCUAGCGCCCAGCACUGCGGCGCCGGAAAGGGUGCGGACGUUGGGCACCUCGGGGCAGAGCUCGAGGGCGACUCCGCUUUCGCGGGCCUCGGACCAGCAACAGGCGCACAAGACGGCGAACUUGGGAGCGGGAGCAGCAGCAUCAGCGGCAGCUCCAGCACUAACUGCUGCGGCCAGCGAGGCCACUGGGAAGGGGAAGGUCAAGGUGAAGCGGACGCAGCCCAGCCCGGAUAAAGGCAGUGGGAAGAAGCACAAGCCGAUGCACGUGGAUAGCCCUCGGGAAAAGCAGGGGGCGGCCAACGCCGGCAGCCGAGAUUCCUCCGCUCCAGGGGCUAGAGGUCCUGUCUCUCCUGAACCUAUGGAUAUUGAGAGGGAGGCGAGGAAGGGUGAGGCUCCUGAUGGGACCAUGGCACUUCCUGCCCAGGGCACCAGCGCUCUGGAGACCCCCGAGGAGAAACCCAAGGCCACAGUCGGGGAGCCCCGGGCUGUGGGGGCGCAGCAGAAGGGGCAGGAGCAGCAGCAGAAGGACAGGCCGGCCGACAGGAAGCCGAAGAAAGGGCUGAUGUUUGAGAUCUGCAGCGACGACGGCUUCCAGAUCCGCUCGGAGAGCAUUGAAGAGGCCUGGAAGUCCCUGACUGACAAGGUCCAGGAGGCACGCUCCAAUGCCAGGCUGAAGGAGCUCUCCUUUGAAGGGGUGAACGGCCUGUGGAUGCUGGGGGUGAUCCACGACGCCGUGGUGUUCCUCCUGGAGCAGCUGUACGGCGCCCGGCACUGUCGCAACUACAAGUUCCGCUUCCACAAGCCAGAGGAGGCGGAUGAGCCGCCCAUCAACCCGCACGGCGCGGCCAGAGCGGAGGUCAACUACAGGCGCUCGGUGUUUGACAUGUUCAACUUCCUGGCCUCCAAACACCGGCAGCCCCCCAAGUACAGCCCCCACGACGAGGAGGAAGAGGAGGUGCAGCUCAAGUCUGCCCGCCGUCCCACCAGUAUGGACCUGCCCAUGCCCAUGAGGUUCAGGCACUUAAAGAAGACAUCGAAGGAAGCGGUGGGCGUCUACAGGUCCGCCAUCCACGGCCGGGGACUGUUCUGCAAGAGGAACAUCGACGCGGGGGAGAUGGUGAUCGAGUACUCGGGGAAUGUCAUCCGCUCCGUCCUCACUGACAAGCGGGAGAAGUAUUACGACGGAAAGGGCAUCGGCUGCUACAUGUUCCGCAUCGACGACUACGAAGUGGUGGACGCCACCAUGCACGGCAACGCGGCGCGCUUCAUCAACCACUCCUGCGAGCCCAACUGCUACUCGCGCGUCAUCAACAUCGACGGCCAGAAGCACAUCGUCAUCUUCGCCCUGCGCAAGAUCUACCGCGGCGAGGAGCUCACCUACGACUACAAGUUCCCCAUCGAGGACGCCGGCAACAAGCUGCCCUGCAACUGCGGGGCCAAGAAGUGCCGCAAGUUCCUCAACUGACGCGCCGGGCUCCUGACGAACCUCUCGCCCUCCGGCUGUCAGCCGACCCCUGCAGAGAGCUUCCAGGGCAUUCUGGGUUGCUACUGGUUGAUGGUGCUUUCUUGGGGAAAGCAGGGAUUCUGUCCGUCAGUGUGCUGUUAACUAGUGUCUGUCUAGUGAGCCACGCGAGGUGGCUGCCAGGAAAUUCUCGCUGCUCAUUUUUUUCAAGGAAGAGAAUGGGGAGGGGAUGGAGGAGGGUGGAGGGUGUCUGCUGGGUCAAAAGGCCUCCAUCCCUACGGGGGAGCGUGCAAAACUUCUUACCUGUAGACACAACAGAUAACAUUUUUAAAGAUGCUGUUAGUGUGUCCCCCUGGCCCUUUCAAAAGCAGUGUACUUUUGCUUGUCAUUUAUUAAAGAAUAGCGUCCCUCCCCUUCCCCCAGUCAGUUUUGACCAAGCAGGUGAAUUUUGAACUCCUGAUCUGAUUUUCUGGGGGUGAGGUCUUGUCUCUGGAACUAUGACGCCACACUGGGUACCUAGUUUUGGUUGGGGCAGGUAAAGCACUGAUUAACAAUACAGGAAUCGAAACAACAGUGGACACCUUUGACAUAUGAUAAGUGCAAUCUGGGAAAGGGAAAGAGAAAUCAAUAGUAAAGGCAAACACACUCCCCUAUCUCUCAACCUUUGAAUGUACAUAGUGGCGUAUGGGCGAGUCUUCGCAUUAGGAGAUGUCAUGGGUCCGUUUUGAAAUUUCUUAGUUGUGUUUCCGAUACACUGUAUUAUAUACUAACCCUAGUUGUAACGUCUGACAAGUCAUGACCAUUGUGGGGUUUUCUUUAAACACUAGAGAGCGUAAUGGUGCCCAGUGCGGCGCCGAUCAUAGCCCUGUAAAGGAAAUCUUGUAGAUUUUAUUUUUUUCAAUUCUGAUACUCCGAAUAAUGACGGCGAUGGGUCUGUAUACUACAUGAGAAAUCCGACAGGGGUUAAGCUGGAUGGAAGGAAGCCAGUGGCACUCGAUCUCUGACGGAACAGUGCCUGUUCUUGAGCGGAACACUGAGAGCUAAGGGACAUGAGCGCUUUUCCUUUUAUUUCUUACACCUGACAUAGGAAAGGACUACAUUGUCAUCGACUCGCCUACACUGCCCACUCCACACCCCCGGGCUCUGAGCCCCACUGAAAUUCCACUCUGACUCUUCAGCCUGUUGCCUGAUCGAACCUGUACCCAGUCUGGUUUAACAUUGCAGGGGGUGGGGUUUUCUUUGACCCUCCAGAAAAUUACGUCAUCUGAUUUAGGAGGUGAGAACAUGUGGCUUGAGCCUAAAUGCUCUAAACUAGCAAAAUAUUGCAGUUUAAAGAAGGGUAUUUCCAUUGUAAUAGCAUGAUCUCUUGGGAAUUUUUUAAAGGAUAAGAAUAAUGUCCAUGAAAAAGCAUCGUUGCUCCAAGUACUAUUUCCAAACACAGACUGCCAAAAUAUUUUCAAUUAUCUUUUAGACAUAUCCAUAGACUGACCCAUUCAGGUCUCUCUCUCUCUCGUUCUCUUGACUGAUAUUAAUAUUUUUGUUACGCAAUUCAUGUUUUCUCUUUUUAAAUGUAAAUAAUAUGUAUAUUUUUCUAUACGUGAGACAAAAAGCGCUUAAAGGUGAAAAGCACUUAGUGAUUGUAUUUAUUUUUUUAAAAGAAACAAGUUGUAUUUAUUUUACUGAGGUCCUCUUUUGUAGGAGACGAAACAAAGUUUACAAACACUGACGCUUUGGUUGAGAAAUUUUAUAGAUCUUAUAUGUUGUUUUUUUUUUAAUGUUAUUUAAUUUCUCAUAGCCUGUGGCUUUCUCGGUUGUUAAAAAAACAACAGCUGUCCCUGUCCCUCAGUUAGCAGUCCUCCUCCUAGCUCUGGCUGGUUGGUCUUUGCAGAUUUCCAGUAUCGAUUGUGUCCGUUUUUGAAUAACUAGACAUCAGCAGUAGGCAUGGUGCAGCAAAGUGUGUAAACUCGACCUGUUUACCUGUUUUAAGUGCAGCAAACCAGCCAGUCUGGCACCCUGAUUGAGAGAAAAUAACAGUGUGUCACUCCUUUUGCUUUUCAGUCCACGGUCAGAGUGGAUGUUGCCUCCAGGAUUGUAGCCGCUCUCGAUGAAAUACUUCGAGGAGUGUGAGAAGGUCUUUUGGGGGCUUUUUUUCCCUUUUUGAUUCCUGCGAAGGGAUGGUUCACUCGGGGAAACAGCCGUGUCUUUUGCCACGAUCAGUCGCUGGGGCCGGGGUGGGGGGAGGAAUGAGGGGGUCUGCCUCACUCCCCGACAGAGGGGGAGAUCUUCCUCAGUGGAAGCACCCUUCGGAUACGUGUGCUUGCCUGGGUGUGGCGCUGCAGAGCAGGGUUGUCAGUGGGCCGACUCGAGAGCUGGUCUCCUCUUGAGUGUCCUCAUUUUGCUCUUUUUAAAUUCCUCGACAAAGGUGCUGUUGCUCCACACCUCAGGGUAGCUUGCCACUUUUUUGUCUCCCAGUACGCGGUGUUGGGGGGGGGUUGCCUUUUCAUUCCCAUCUCAAGGAGCUAUCGUGAUGCUCUCGGUCUGGCUUUUACGUUUGGCGACUAGAAAUCCAGUAUUCGGCAGCAACGGGGUGGGGGCACCAAGACGUCUGUUUAAAGAUCCUGAAAGCCUGGGGCUCGGUUUCUCUUGUGGGGGUGCCAUUCUACAUCUCCCAGUACUACAUCGGUCCCAACCUGGCGUGCCGACAGAAUCCCGAAAUUACCCUCCAUUCAAGAGGAAACAGUGGGCUGCUCUGCUGUUUUUUUCCCCACUGUUGUCCUCAUUCAGUCCCUCAUUAGAGCAGCGUUUUGUACACCCAAACUGAUACAAAAAUGAGACCAAGUAAAAUAGCACUUGUGCUGCUGCUGCCGCCUUGCCCCUAUUGGAGAAAGAGCUGUGGGGGAGUGAGGGGUCUGCCCCCUGUCCUACAGCUCUGAUCUUUGGUCAACUAGCCCAGUUUGAAUAUCAGAUCUGGGGCACGGUGACCUUUUGUUGAGAGAGAGAGCUUUUUUUUACUACUAAGCCCAGACCAGGACAAAACUGAACAAGAUGACACUCUGAACCUCUUUGUCACUGGGUUCCGUUCACUUGAUUUUUAACUCCAGAGCCCGUAGGAAGGAUAUUUUUGGUGGUCUUUGGGAGUCGUUUUCUUAGUGCCGCGCUGCUGUUUUGUUUCCUCCGACGGCGCUUCAUAGUAUCCCAUCCAACUUGGGCCGCAGCUGUAUCUGCAGAAGCCCUGAGCGUUAGGGAGCCAAAUUCUUCCUUACAUACCUCGGGAGGAAAGAGCUCUGUGAACAGAGCGCUGGGAAGCUGCUGUGCGCACACUGUGCUUAGAGAAGUGAGCACACCAGGCCAGUUCUGAGUUCUUGUUUUUGUGUUGUAUAUUUUUGUUUUUGCUGUUUUGUGAACUGUGUGCUGUUUUUUUGUUUUUUUUUUAUCCGAGAAAGAAGAUGCAGAAUUCCUUAAACUCCUGACCUACCCAGGCUCCCAGUAUAAGCAAGUUGCACUUGCGGUAGCCUGUAUAGCACUUACCGAGUGAGAGGAAGACUUCAUACAAAACUCCGCGUUUUUGUUUUUAAGUUCAAGUUAAAGAAUGGGGGAGAAUACUUCAUAGCAAGACAGCGACGGUACCCCUUCAACAACUCUCGGCUCUAGAAACCAAAGCAACAAUGAUGGUUGCCCGAGAAAUCUAGGACCAUUUUUUUUUCCAUAAAGGAGAACACAAAAAACAAAUCGUCCCAAGAGACGUAAUUAUUUCAGGGAUAUGGUCAGCUUUUUUUUUUCUGCAUCAAAAUACUUGCUCACCGGCCUGUCUGGAUGGAGUUGGUGUUCAGAGGGAAUUCUGCCUCUCAGCCUCUAUUGAAUGUAUGUUUCAAUUUCACACUGAUCACAGCCACCCAGCCUGCGCUGGUUGUUCUGUUUAAAAAGGAGAGAAAAAAAAGGCAAAGAAUCCUCGAGCGAUUGUACAAUUAAGGCCUUUACCGAUUUUGUGAAAAUUAAAGAAACCGAUUAACAUUAAUGCUAUUAAUAAGGGCUUGGUCAGAGACUUCUCCUUGUGUAAUGCAUUUCAACGCAAUAUUGCAAGAAUACUGUCCUCUUGGAUUGAAGCAAGUCAUUUUGGGCAGUGCCUCAGAGAUAACCUCCACAGGGGUGCUGAGACAAUUGCAGUUCUUCACACAUCACCUUGGACAACCAGUAACUCCUUCACAUUGCCAGUUACACUAUAUAUAUAUACAUUUAUAUAAAUAUAAAUAGUAUCUCAUACUUCAGUGUCUACACAGUAUAUGGAAUGGACAAACUUAGUUACAAAUAGCAAACAGCAGCUUACUUAAGGUUAAUUGCAUCUUUCAGUGUACUCUAUAAUGGUUUUUGUGUUACAGAUACUACUAUACUAGAACUAACGUAACAGCAGCUUGUAAUUAAUAUCAAAUAUCCGUUAUCCUGUGUCUAGAGGCCUUGUCACAGGGCCCACUGCGGUUGUUUUUUUUCUUUCUUUUUAAAGGAACGACGAUAUUUAUAUUACGAAACUAUAUAUGUAUAAUGUGGUUGUGUACUUGUUGAAGUCAGCCAUUUGACUCUCGUGAUUUUAACUUGUAGUAAAAAAUGAAUGUUUUAUUUUCUUUGGACAUAUAUUUUUUUUACAGGAAUUCUUAAUCUUCGACCGCUUUCUUGAUGUGGUAACUCAAUGUGUUGAAUAGUCAAGGCCAUAGAAAAAGUUAUUUUUUAUCUUUUCUGUUUCGGUUUUAAAAAACUCUCACUGAUGGGCUUCUUUUGUCCUCCUGCUCCCCCACCUUCUGAUAGGUAAGGCUUAAUUUGUAGUUUUUAUUCAUUUUUAUGUAGUGUUUUAUAAUAAAGAACUAUAGAAUUUU